GGAAAAGCGUCAGCGCGCACCUCUCACAGCACAGUGCACAUCUAACGACACGGUCAAGCGACUUUACUGUGACCGGUAAACAUCAUGCACCAGAAGAUGCACAUAUGGCUGAAGAGGGCAUUCUCACAGAAGACACUGCUUAAGAGGUUGCCCGUGCUGUCAUGGCUGCCUCGCUACUCCACAGAGGAUGCUGUGGGGGACCUGGUCGCCGGCAUCACCGUUGGACUCACUGUCAUCCCCCAGUCACUCGCCUAUGCCAGCAUCACCGGUCUUCCACCACAGUAUGGGUUGUAUGGCUCAUUCAUGGGCUGCUUCCUGUACAUAUUGUUUGGCAGUUGCAAGGAUGUACCCAUGGGCCCUUCUGCAGUCAUCUCUCUGCUGACAUUUCAGUCAGUGCACAGCAUGGGUCCCGAGCAUGCCGUACUUCUUUGUUUCCUCACUGGAGCCGUCCAAGUUGUCAUGGGGAUCCUGGGACUUGGUUUCGUUAUUGACUUCAUAUCUGGACCAGUGUCAUCAGGUUUCACAUCAGCAGCUGCUCUCAUGAUUGUAACAUCACAGAUGAAGGAUCUGUUGGGAAUCACAGCAGAAGGCAGUACUUUCAUUGAAGUAUGGGGAAGUCUUUUCCACAACAUGCAUAACACAAAACUCUAUGAUAGUGUUUUGGGUACAGUUUGCAUUGUGGUGCUACUAUUGAUGAGGCUACUGGCGAAUUUUAAAAUAGGACCAAAAGAAGAUGGAAAGAAGACAACCAUCCACAGGAUUCUAAAUAAAGCUAUCUGGCUUAUUGGGACUUCUCGCAAUGCUAUCCUCAUGGUUAUAUGUGGUAUCAUAGGACAUCAGCUAUCACUCUCAGGAGAUUCACCUCUUAACCUAAUAGGUCCCAUACCUCCUGGACUUCCACCUUUUCAGUUACCACCAUUUACUGUGACUUUAGAGACAGCAAAUUCCACAGUCAAAUAUUCAUUUGUUGACAUGUGUUCAAACCUUGGAUCUGGAAUUUUUGUUGUACCUCUUGUAGCACUACUGGAAAAUAUUGCUGUCUGCAAGGCAUUCUCUAAUGGUAACCCUACAGAUGCCACACAAGAACUACUUGCCAUUGGUAUUUCCAAUAUUGGUAACUCAUUUGUCCAAGGUUUCCCAGGAACUGGAGCUCUAGCUCGUAGUGCUGUUAACAAUUCCAGUGGAGUCAGGACUACACUUGGAGGGCUUUACACAGGACUUCUGGUGAUUUUAUCUCUUCUUUUUUUUGCUGAUUAUUUCUACUUUAUACCAAAAUCAAGUCUUGCUGCCAUAAUUAUAGCUGCUGUGAUAUUUAUGGUAGAAGUCAAAGUUGUGGUCCCAAUCUGGAAGACAAAGAAAAAUGAUCUUAUUCCUGGAUUUGCAACACUUUUUGCCUGCCUGAUACUGCAACUGGAACUGGGCAUCCUCGUGGGAAUUGGCUUGAAUGUACUAUUCAUUCUUUAUAAUGUUGCACGCCCAAAAAUAACAAUUGAGACAAAGAAAACUGCAGAGGGCACUGACUACCUAGAGCUUACUCCGGAUAGGUGUCUUAUUUUUCCUUCUGUUGACUAUGUACGCAACCUGGUGGUGAAGCAAAGCAUGAGGAAUGAUAUGCCUGUUGUAAUUAACUGUUCACAUAUAUUUGUAUCAGACUACACUGCAGCCAAGGUUGUUGACUGCCUUACACUUGACUUUAGUAAGAGACAACAGCCACUUUUCUUCUAUAAACUAAAGCCAAGCAUAGUAAAGAUGUUCCAAGGACUACAUCCAACAGAAUUUGUUGAUUAUCAUGAUGAGAAUGAACUGGAGAGUCUUAUCAGAGGUGAUUCCCUACAUAUGACUUCAGUAAGUGACAACAACCACUUUCCUUCUGUUAACCAAAGAUCAGCAUAGAGAAAAUGCUCCAAACAGAAUUUGUUGUUUAUCAUGAGGAGAAUGAACCAGAGGGCCUUAUCGGAGCACACAAAAAGGACAUGGCUACACAAAAUGGUAUUUCUGAAGCCAGUUUUGUUAGCAGUGGAUUAUUGCCACAAAGAAGCCUACAACAAUCAUCAUGAACUUGAAAAUGGUGGUUCCUCAAG